UCUCCAGGGGGAAAGUGUUGGGAGAUCUACAAAGUGGAAUUCUUUUCUUUUUCUCUUUUCCUCCUUUGCUCUCUUUGUCAAAGAGACUUUGUAAAAACCCUUCAACAGAAAACCUCUUUGUUGUUUUUAACCCAGUCUAGGAAAAGGAGGUUUUUAAAAAAUUGCAGCCAGUCCCAAGCUAAAUCUCUUCUUGACAAAGCCCAGCUUUACCUGCUUUAGUGCUACUCCAGACAUUUUUUAAUUUGCUGCAGAUCAUAUCAGGACAGUCGAAAAGAAGCUUGUUCAAUUCUCUGCUUCCUCCCCAGCCUCUUGCAGAGUUUGUUUUUUAGUGGGGCUUGUGGAUUAUUUUAUACUUCUUUGUGCAGCCUCACCAAAGCUCUUCUUGCUCUUUAAUUUUUUUUUUUUACCCCUGUUCCGGUGACUUUUUUUUUCCUUUUUGAAUUACCAACCUGUUGCAUCUGUAGUUCUUGCAACUGUCAGCUGCAGGCAACCUGUGAUACAAAUUUCUUUUAAAUAAACAUAGGUACUCUUCUUAAGCAUUCUGAUUAAGCUCUUUUGGAAUCUGAAGGAGGAGGGACUUUUUUUCCUCCAAAAAGGACUUUGCUUUUCCUUUCACGCAUCCUGCAGCAUUGUGCCUGGCAGAGCCUUGGAGAUGUUCCUGAUGCAGGCAUUGCUCUUGUCCCUGUGCCUGGGGCUUUCACAGGGCUUGGGUUCCUUUGUGCACUGUGAACCUUGCGAUGAGAAAGCCCUCUCCAUGUGCCCUCCCAGCCCUGUGGGCUGUGAGCUGGUGAAGGAGCCCGGCUGCGGAUGCUGCAUGACAUGCGCCCUGGCUGAAGGGCAGUCCUGUGGGGUGUACACAGAGCGAUGUGCCCAAGGCUUGCGCUGCCUGCCACGUCAAGGCGAGGAGAAGCCCUUGCACGCCCUGCUCCAUGGCAGAGGGGUCUGCCUCAAUGAAAAGAGUUACAGAGAGCAAGCCAAGAAUGAAAGGGAAUCCCGGGAGCACGAAGAACCAACCACUUCUGAGAUGGCUGAGGAGACCUAUUCAUCCAAGCUGUAUAGAAACAAGGGGCUUGGGCGCUUCUCAGAGUUGAAGGCAGAGGCAGUGAAGAAAGACCGCAAGAAGAAGAUGACUUUGUCUAAGAUUGUGGGUGGGGCAGAAAAUACCGCACACCCUCGAGUUGCUGCUCCUGAGCUAAGACCAGAAUUUGAAUUGGGCCCCUGCCGUCGGCAGAUGGAAGCAUCAUUGCAGGAGCUCAAAUCUAGCCAGCGAAUGAUCCCUCGUGCUGUCCAUCUUCCCAACUGUGACAGGAAAGGUUUCUAUAAAAGGAAACAGUGCAAACCAUCUCGGGGCCGAAAACGUGGGCUGUGCUGGUGUGUGGACAAGUAUGGAUUGAAGCUGCCAGGAACUGAUUACGUAGCUGGAGACCUGCAGUGUCACAACUUUGACAGUGGAAACACAGAAUGAAUAUCCCUGUUGCCUCUCCCUGCCAGAGCCCUUCCCCACCCAUCACCCACCCACACCUCACGAUGCCCCAAGAGACUGAUUCCUUUCAUCUCAUUUAAGAAACUGUGGACCUCGGAAUCUACAGCACGUCAUCAGCUUCUCUCAGUGGCAAUGACAGAGACUGAAGGAGAAAAGGCAACCCAUUAAGGAAGGAAGGAAGGAAGGAAGGAAGGAAGAUGACCAUGAGGAUGAUAACGAUAAGCUAGCCACCUCUGUGGGACAGGGCCAUAAAGGAGCUCAUAGGCCACUCUGCUUGCCCGUGACUCUAUGCUGCCACCCAGAGAAGCACUGACCUAGGAAGCUCUCAGAGGCACUUGAAUAAUAUUUCCUUUUCUCCCUUCUUUAAUAUUGCGGGUUUAGGACCUUUCCAGUUUAAAAAGUACUUAGUUUAACCAGAUGACUCUUAGGACAAGCAGGCCUCUCAUUUAUAUAAAUUAUCUAUUUGGGCAUGUUUCUUUCUUUCUUUCUUUUAAAAUAAGCUCAUUUCUGGAACUUCUCCUCCCUUUUCCCAAGGACUAAAGCUUGUUGGUGCCCUUGCCCUCUAUGAGUUCCCUUUGACUAAAAAGCAAAAGGUCAGAAGACAACAGAAUCCUACAGUGGGAUGAAGCAAAAUUAAGAAUUAAAAACUUACUGUUCCCAGUGGGAAGUGGUUUCUUUCCCAGGAGAGCAAGAGGGUUCAACCUGAUUAUUUAAAGUGUCUUGUACAGCCCUUUCCUAUGUAAAUACAGAUGUGUGCACAUGUUUACUCUUUGUUCUCAACUGAACAAUCCCGUUUCCUUUCAUGCAAAGCCCUUUGAUUUUAAUUGUGCAUGAAAGCCGAGCAACUUGUUCAGGGCUGCUUGCAUAAGUCAAAGGUGUUCAGAGUUGUGUAUUUGCAGGAUAAGUGCCCAAGCUGAAACAUGGUUUGCCAGACAUCCUGCAGGCAUUUAAAGCAUGACAUGUUUGUUACUUAUAUAAACACACCUGUGGAUUUCCACCUUCUGAUAGGCUAAAACGGUAAGAUCCCUUUGCUUUUUUUACUGUGGAAGGACACCUGAUACUUCACUAUAAUAUCCCAAGUGUUGUCCUUUGCGAUGACAUUUCCAAGAAGCUAGUUCAUAUUCAUAAAAUCACACAUACUAGAAAUGUAAACAUGAUCCAUAAUAAGAGAAAUGUUUUACCAUUUCCCCAUAUCUACAACUUUUAAGGAAGUCUCUGUAGGCAGAGGCCUCUACUGUUUCAAAGCAUACUUGAGUGAAUGGCUGAAAAUAGGUUGUCCCUCUCCCUAGACAGAGGCUCAGCAUCUUUAACAGCUGCUUAGUAGGCAGAAAUUCAACAGUGGAGGUUUGAUCUACGCUAAUGUGUUAUUUGUCCUGGGGAGAAGCUGUAUCUAUCUAAUUUUUGACACUGCCCCACUGUUAAAGACCUAGGGACCUGUCAGGAAAGGAAGAGAACAGAGCCCAUAGAACCACUUGCAGAAACCAUUGAUUUGACAGCUUUUCCGUUCAGGCUCGGGCAGACCACUAAAGCCAUUUAAUUGCUUUUUAAUUAUAACUGUUGCUUUAAAUCUUUGUUAUAUUUCCAUGGACACUGCCAUAACAAGGUUGUUGUUUUUUUCCAAUGCCCAUAACAAUGAAUGAAAUGCAAGGAAACAACAAGAAGGGAACAUCUCCCAUUCUGACUGUAGGAGGAAUCAUUGAAACAGCAGCCACCAAGAAAUAUUGGACCACCACAAUCUAGCCAAUGUAAGACAGCCCUUAAUAUAUUUCCCUUCUGAGGGAGGACUCCAAAGGACUUGAGGACCUUGCUGGGGCUGGCUGCAAGCAUUUCCAGGCAAAGUGCUGAUCAGAAGCAUGGAGAAAGGAGCUGGUUUCCUGAGAGCAGGCACAGCAAGCCCAUGACCAUCCAGCAUCUGGAAAGGGUGCCACUGAUAGGAGAACAAGAAGGACACCCACGAUGCAUAAUACUCACAGCUAGCACAGAUGAAAGGAAAUAAAAAAUCUUCCUGACAGGAUUGGCUACUGCAUCCAAGUGACUGUGGUGGGUUUUGCUCCUCAGCUCCCCUCCCUUCACCACUAAUAUUCAGCCAGGCUGCAAAACUAAGUUGAAAAGCUAACAAAUAUCUGGCAUUAGCAAGGAUAUGGGAAGUUGCAAGAAAAUUGGGAUAUUUGGCCUCACUUUAUGGAAGGGGGAGGUAGAUGGAUCUUUAUAAUCCUCUCCUUUUAAGGAUGGAUAUUCACAUUUAAUUCUUCAGUAGGUAUACAUGUUUUUGAAGACUGAUUAAUUGUCUGCUACAACUAUCAACAGUGAAAGAAAAAUUCAGAUCUAUCCAUUUGUCCCAGAUCCUGAUAUCUGAUCCAGUUGUUUGUUCACAUUCAGAUUUCCAGAAAUUGUCACCUCUAGGUACUCCUUGUGUCACCUUUCCUGGGCUUUGGCAGCAAUGAUUUCAUAGCUAUUCUUCUAAGAGUUCAGGCUGAGCCUACCAUGAGCUUUCAUACAAACAAAGGUUGAACUGUGCUUUGACUGAAAUAUUUGCUCCUGUGACAGCUGGAUCCAAGUACCUCCCCCCCCCUCCCAUCCUGCUUUAGGAAGAUGAAAAUAAGCCUAUGUUUACUAUCUGCACUGGGCUGGUCACUGGUUGAAUGGUUUCUGUCUCUUCUGCUCUAAGGAAAUCCUAAAGAACUCUGCUGGCUAUAUAAUUAGUCAGAAGCCUAAACCUUCCUUUACAAUUCUAUGAUGGAUAAAAUGCUAGAGACCACCAAUGCUAGUCAAUGAUCACAUACUGUAGCUCUUUUAGAAAUUCUAUGCCAGCCUCUCCAACUUGGUGACUUUCAAAUGUGUUGGGACAGUGAUACUCAAAAUUCCCAGUGAAAAGCUCUACUGUUAGGAUGUAUGGGAGCUGUAGACCAACACUGUUCCAUGGCACCAAGUUGGGGAAGGUUGUUUUAUAUAAUAAAUCCAGAAAUUGUAUGAAUGGACUUUUCUGUCCCAAGCAUAUGAUGCAUGAAAAGGCUACAUAUUAAUGUGAUGGUGAAAGAAGGGAGAGAAUCUCUGCUGUUAGCAACUUGAGAUGUCUUUUUGAUCUGUGGCAACUUAUGCCCAAGCAAGAGAUUUGUGCAAGAUUUAGAUUUUGUCAGACUUUCUAUUAGGUGUUGAGAAGAGUUGAAUCCAAUCCCCAUCAAUCAUUGCUAGAUCACAGCUUUCCCACGUUCUGAUGACAGAAUUUCUUCUCCAACAAUAGCCCAAUGGCAGACAGGGGUCUCUUAGGGAUAAUGGCCAGUGUUCCAAGCGGGGAUGACCUAAUAUUGUGAAAGAGUAAUUUGUCUUAGAAUUCCUUCAAAUGACCAAUUGCUGCCAUGACUAUUCCUGUCUUUACUCUGGAAUUCUUGACAUUUCCAGGAAAAAACUCAUCUAGAAAACCCCUUUGCCUUCCUUCCAUUAUAACUAGACUAAACAGAGGAACAGAAUGGUCCUGCUCAUGUAUAUGAUAUCUGCUAGCUUCUGAAGUUUGAUGGUGGAGGUUGAGUUUGGUCCCUGUUUGAAUGAAACUGACCCUGCCAAAGGAUGUGUUGGAGACUCUUUACUUUCUAUAGGGCAGGGACUCUUAACAAAAGCAUUUCUCUCCAUGCAAAUGAUACACAGAAUUGUUCUAAGACAGAGAAAGCCUUAGGAUUUUAAAAUUGAUGCCUCCUUUUGUAAAAGUAAGAUUAAAGAAGACAGGUGAGGUGCACAUGCAAUCUGCCUAGUAUAUGAAGUGGGAGGAGAUGUACUGGGCACAUAAGAAAAGUAAGUGGGGCAAAUUUACAGGCCCUGCUGGUCUUCUAUUACCCUGGCUUGUUUGCUUAGCUCUUCCCAAAGAAUCCAGACAGCUAUAGUUUGCUGAGAGUGUCCAGAAUCCUGCUAUAAGACUGAACUUCCUAAGGUUCCUAGAAAGAGAAGUGACCAUUAAGUUCGAAAGAGAGAUUAUUGUUAAGUUAGUGUCAGUCUGAGAUGCAAAUACAUCCUAAAUUGCAUAAGACAAAAAGAAUGUAAUGCAAACCCCUCUUCCUUCCCUCCCUGGACUAGUUUCAACUCAAAUGAUCUUAUUUCUUUCUCCUCCUCCUCCAUCAUUCUUGAUAUGUAUCUGUGUUGUUUCCUGACCCUUGAAAACGUUUCCCUGCAUAGACAAUACACACCUUUCUUCCUCAGUAAACAGGCUUGAGGAAAGCCUCUGUCCUUCCUAUCCCUGAGACACAUAAUGAGGACAAAUUCUAUGGUCAAGAGAAGCGACUCAGGGGAAUAAUUUCCCCAUAUAGCUGUUCCCUUGCCAGUCCCAAUGCAAUGCUUCUGCCAUCACCAUCCCAGAAACGCAUAGACUGCCUCUGAGGAUAGUCCCAUCAUCUCAGUACUUUGCUGGCUGAGGCAAGAACAGAAGCCAACCCAAGUACAUUAGCUAUAGCAGAACCUCUCUUAUUUCCGUAUUAUUUAAUAUUGACUUAAAUAGCCUUGAGGACACAUCACCACUGUAGACUUCAACCCGUAGAAGACCACCUCACUGGACUUCUUGCCACAGCACUUAAAAUCUCAGCAGAAAGGCAGUGAUGCUCCUUUUCUAAGCCAUCUCUGCAAGCUAUGAUUAUUUUAGGGGAGGUAAAUAAAAUGGGGUGGGUGGGUGGGUAUUGUUCCCCACUAGGGCAGCUAUCAUUAAAAUUAGUCUUUAUUCUUUCUCCAUCUACUAAUCUGUUUUACCUUCAAGUCCCACCAUUUGCAAGAAAGAUGAGGUUGCCUCAGGCAGCUGGUUCUGGGUGUCAUAAAAAUCAGUACAUCUUCUUUCCUUCCUGUUGUAUUUUUUCCUCCAAGGGAGAGGUCUUCCUAGGUUUCCUGCCCAAUGCCAAAAUAAUUUGAUCAACCACACCCUGGGUGGAGGAAGAGGGAAGCAAGUCUCUUUGGCCAACCACCUAGCUGCUCUGCAUCCCAUCUUCAUCCUUGACCAAAGGGAAAAGGCUCCCCUGAUUUUCUUCCUAAAAAUGACCCUCCUCCUAAGAGAAGAGUGAAUCACAAUGAGAGGAGGUAAGAAAAACAAUAAAGGACAAAGCAGUGGGGAAAGCUCCCUUCAGAGGUAUUAAGAAUGGAAGUACCAAGGAGGCUUUGGAGGCACCAAAGAAAGUAAAUUCUGAUCUCCAAGAGCAUCAUCAGCCAGUUGGAAUUAGGAGCAUACCUAGACCUCUAGCAGCCUUCUCUGACCUGAAGAAUCUCCAGAUGUGUCUAGACUAACACUCCUCAAAUCUCUAGCUACCCUGGCCAGAAGUUAGGGUCCCAAUACAUCUGGAAGGCACCAAGUCAGGGAAGGAUCCUCUAGAGAGUCACACUGCAGCUGAAAUAUUCAAGGCAGGCAGCUUCUAGAGUAGCCAAGACUUCUUUUCAGGCGGAAAAGAUCCUUUGUAAGCACUGUGGUGGACAGUUGUAUUUUGAAACCACUAGUUCAAAGAGCAUGACUGCACUAUUUCUCCACUUCAUCCCUCUCUCCCUCCUUUUUUCACUUUUAACAGAGCCUAGAUAACUUAGGCAGUUAGCCAGUCACUCCAGUUCCCAGGCCCUCUUCUUGUUAGGAGCAGCUUGGCUAAUGCCCCAAGGCUUGAGUCCUUCUAUUUCUAACCUUGCCCGCUUUAAGCCCUUCUCACGAAAUAGCUCUGGGACAGUUACUCUACAGUACAAUGAUUACCCUCCAUGAUAGCACAGUGAACAGACAAGAUUCCGAGAUUCCUGCCUGAGUUUUUUUUCAUUACACAAAUUAGUCACUACACGUUUUACAGUAGCUCUUAUAGCUUUACAUGCAUACAGUAGUUCUGUGGUUAUUUUGUUUUUGUUUUCCUUUGCAGUAAACAAUAUUCAUACUCUUACCAGUGGGGGGAAAUGCAGUUUGUGAAAAAAAACUGACAACAGAUGAGGAGUGUAAUGCUCUGUUUAGCAUUUUGUACUUAAAAAAAAAAAAGAAUCUCACAUUUUAUUAAAAGGUGAAGAUUGCUGUAUACUAUUUAUUCAACUUAUAAUUUAUGUUACUCUUUGAUCUUUGUCUUUUCUUAUGACAAAGCAUUUAUUUAAUAAAGUUAUGCAUUCAGUUAA